GCAGUUUCGCCUUCCACUCUAGAGCGACAUAUUGUUUCCAGUUAAAACCGCAGCAAACAGUUCCAAAAGACAAAGAGCGCCGUCGGCCUUUUCUCCUGAGCCAAUCGUAGAGGCCAGAGGUUUCGGUUCCGCCCAGAUUCCAGGGACAGAUAUGACGCGCGCCAGUCCGGCUGCUCUCAGCUCUGCGCUGCACGCGGGAGGAGAAUGAUCCGACGCGUGGACUCUUGAGUUGGAGCCUGCAGACAUGAUUCCUGAGGAGGACUUCUGCUCCGGCGUGAUCGAGAACAGGGUGCAGUCCGUGGGUCUGGCUCUGGAGGAGCUGCUGGUGACGGCCCAGAAGCAGGACUGUCUGACAGUUGGCAUCUAUGAAUCAGCGCAACUUCUUAAUGUAGACCCUGACAGCGUGGUUCUGUGUGUACUGGCUGCGGACGACGAGGGUGAUGUAGCGCUGCAGAUCCACUUCACCCUGCUCCAGUCCUUCUGCUGCGACAGCGGCAUCACCAUCCUGCGAGUGUCCGGGGGCCAGCGGCUUCAGCAGCUCCUGCGGGCUGUGGACACCAACAGGAACCAGGAGCACAGUGACCUGCACUGCAUGCUGGUGACGAAUCCGCAGGCGGACCACUGCCGGCUGCAGGAGGUGGGGAACUACUGCCAGGAGAGGCGGUGCGUGGAUCCAUGGGUGCCGGAGUUGGUCCUGCAGGAACGCUGAACCACAUGGAACCUCUGAGCCGGCCAAAACCAAUGAAAGAGGAUGCAAGUCACGCUUGAGAACGGACUGAGGUGGACCCCUGCUGUGGUCUCCGACGGGAUGUGCUUGAAGCCCACACACGAAGCUCCUGUGCUGCAGGGACGGCACAGGAAUGUGGCUCCCACCUGGGAGUGUCCCGGGAGAGGUGUGUGACUUGUGUAUGUUUGGUAUGCAAGAGAAGGUUGCUCCUGUACCGUGUGGUUUCCAUGGAAACUGAGGUUAAAUUGCUGGAGUGUUUUCUCGAUGAGGCCAAACACAUGUCAUAAACAUGUAAUUACAGGAACAUAAUGAGGAUUCUUUAUAGAGGUUCAUGAGGGUUUUAGAACACGGGGGGGGGUCACGACAGGACCCAACGGUUUUCCCUUCUUUUAUGAUCGGAAAUAUACUUCCUUAACUUUUAACUUUAAUGCAUUGCUUCGUCAAAUAAGUUCAGACUUCUGAGCCUGUUUCUGGCCUUUGAGGGAACCUUCUCCUUUAUAAAGGAUCCUUGUUGUACUUGCCAGCAUCGACAUAUUAUAUAUGAAUCAUCAGUUCUGCCUUUGCUCUGAGAAUCAUCACUAAUGCCUGAUUUAUGGAUUCUAUGAAUGUAAUUUAUGGUUCAGAUUCCUGUGUUGAAUUAUUAAUAAAU